AUGAAGCAGCAGCAGGAGGAGGAGGAGGAGCAGCAGCAGCAGCAGCAGGGGAAAAAGAAGGAACGUAUGUCGCAUGUCCAUACACCCCAACCAAAGCUCGGCCAGGCACGUCCAUGUCGCCGCGCACCUGCAGCAGCAGCAGCAGCAGCAGCAGCAGAUGCAGAUGCAGCAGCAGCAGAUGCAGAUGCAGCAGAUGCAAAUGGAGAUGCAGCAGCAGCAGCAGCAGCAGCAGCAGAUGCAGCAGAUGCAGCAGAUGCAGAUGGAGAUUGA